CCCCCCCCUUCCCUACACGUGACCCCUGCCCUCCACCCUCCCACACACACACACACCCGUGACCCCCACCCCACCCCCCCUCCCAGCUCGAGCGCGGUCGCCAAUGUCGGACUUCGAGGAGUUUGUGGCGCCGCCCGAGUGCCCGGUCUUCGAGCCGAGCUGGGAGGAGUUCGGCGACCCGCUGGGCUACAUCGCCAAGAUCCGGCCGGUGGCCGAGAGGAGCGGCAUCUGCAAGAUCCGGCCCCCCCUGGACUGGCAGCCCCCUUUCGCAGUCGAGGUCGACAACUUCAAGUUCACACCCCGAAUUCAGCGGUUGAAUGAAUUGGAGGCACAGACGCGAGUCAAGUUAAACUUCCUGGACCAGAUCGCCAAGUUCUGGGAACUCCAGGGGUCGACGUUGAAGAUCCCCAAUGUGGAGCGGAGAAUCCUCGACUUGUACAGCCUCAACAAGAUUGUGGUUGACGAGGGCGGCUAUGAGGGCAUCUGCCGUGAACGGCGCUGGUCACGUGUGGCCCAGCGUCUGGGCUACCCACCGGGCAAGGGUAUCGGCUCGCUGCUGCGUUCCCACUAUGAGCGCGUCAUCUACCCCUUCUACACCUUCCAGUCUGGAGCCAGCCUAGCGUGCCAGCCAGGCCCCCAGUUUGACAGCGAGGAGAAGGACCGGGAGUACAAGCCCCACAGCAUCCCGCUGCGACAGUCCGUGCAGCCCCCCAAGAUGAACAGCUAUGGGCGGCGAGCCAAGCGGCUCCAGGCCGAGACGGAGCCGACAGAGGCAGACAUCGCCAAGAACCCCGAGCUGAAGAAGCUUCAGAUCUAUGGGGCUGGACCCAAAAUGGUGGGGCUGGGACUGGUGGUGAAGGACCGAGCCAGCAGGAAGAAAGACAAGGACUGUCUGGACUGCCCGCCCACUCUAGUGGUGAAGGAGGAGAUGGUGGGCGAGCACAAGGUGGAGGUCUGCGUCCUGGAGCCGUGCGCUCAGGUCAAAGAGGAUCGAGCAGCGACUCUCUUGUCUCCGUGUGGUGUGGUGGGGUGUCUAGACAAGGACUGUCUGGACUGCCCGCCCACUCUAGUGGUGAAGGAGGAGAUGGUGGGCGAGCACAAGGUGGAGGUCUGCGUCCUGGAGCCGUGCGCUCAGGUCAAAGAGGAGCGAGCAGCGACUGCCCCCAGCGGCAAGAUGACCAUGAGGCUGAGGAAGGGGGCAGCCUCCAUGUUGCAGCUGGACUCGUACGUGUGCGUCAUCUGCUCCCGCGGCGCCGAGGACUCCAAGAUGGUUCUGUGCGAGGGGUGCGAGGACACCUACCACACCGUCUGCCUCGUCCCCCCUCUGCCCGACAACCCCCGCGGGGACUGGCGCUGCCCCAAGUGUGUCGUGGAAGAGUGUAAGAAGCCAGCAGAGGCGUUUGGCUUUGAACAGGCCACCAGGGAGUACACGCUGCAGAGCUUCGGCGAGAUGGCCGACAGCUUCAAGUGUGAUUACUUCAACAUGCCAGCUCAUAUGGUCCCCACAGAGCUGGUGGAGAAGGAGUUCUGGCGGCUGGUGAGCAGCAUCGAGGAGGACGUGACGGUGGAGUACGGAGCUGACAUCCACUCCAAGGAGUUUGGCAGCGGAUUCCCCACCAAGGGGGGCAAGAGGCAGCUCGCACCCGAGGAAGAGCAGUACACCACGUGCGGCUGGAACCUGAACGUGAUGCCGGUGCUGGAGCAGUCAGUGCUGUGCCACAUCAACGCCGACAUCUCGGGCAUGAAGGUGCCCUGGCUCUAUGUGGGCAUGUGCUUCGCCGCCUUCUGUUGGCACAUCGAGGACCACUGGAGCUACUCCAUCAACUACCUGCACUGGUCAGCACACGGGGGGGGCAUCAUCGCAAACCUACAAGGAGGUUGGGCCAGUGGGCAGAAGCGCGGCAGAUGCAGUUUAAUGCGGAUAAAUGCGAGGUUAUCCACUUUGGUGGCAAGAGUGGUCCGGACCAACCAGUGCGCGGGGGAGUUUGUCAUCACCUUCCCGCGGGCCUAUCACAGCGGCUUCAACCAGGGCUACAACUUUGCCGAGGCCGUCAACUUCUGCACCGCUGACUGGCUGCCCGCGGGCCGCCGCUGCGUGGAGCACUACCGCUGGCUGCGGCGCUACUGCGUGUUCUCGCACGAGGAGCUGAUCUGCAAGAUGGCGGCCUGCGCGGAGCGGCUGGACAUGGGGCUGGCGGCCGCUGUCCACAAGGAGAUGUUCAUCAUGGUGCAGGAGGAGAGGCAGCUGCGUAAAGCUCUCCUCGACAAGGGCAUCACGGAGGCGGAGCGAGAGGCGUUUGAGUUGCUGCCGGAUGAUGAGAGGCAGUGUGACAAGUGCACCACCUGCUUCCUGUCCGCCCUGGCCUGUCAACCUGCCAACUGCCCCGACCGGCUGGUCUGUCUUCUUCCACAUCCACUCCUGUGUGACUGUCCUCCCGCCCGACACUACCUCAGGUACCGCUACACGCUGGACGAGCUGCCGGCCAUGUUGCACAAGCUGAAGGUCCGAGCGGAGAGCUUCGAUACCUGGGCGGGCAAAGUCCGCGCCGCUCUGGAGCCCGAUGGCAAGCCCAAGAGAACGCUGGAGGAUCUGCAUGCGUUGGUGGCAGAGGCGCAGGAGAGGAAGUACCCGGACAGCGGGCUGAUGCAGCAGCUGCGCAGUAGCGUGCAGGAGACGGAGCGGUGCAUCACAGAGGCGCGCCGACUGGCUGCGGGCAAGGGGGGCAGGGCUCAGGCAGACGUGUUGGAGACGGAGCACAAGUUGACGGUGGAGGAGCUACGAACCUUCAUCAAACACCUCCACAGCCUCCCCUGUGACAUCGACCUGGUCCAGGACGUACAGGAUGUGCUGGCUCCCUAGUUGUGAGGAGUUUCCAGCCAGCGUACACAUGCAGCAUUACGUGAUCUGCCUGCGGGCAGCGUGGAGCUGCGGGAGCUGCUGGAGGAGGGUGGCCGGCUGGUGGUGGAGGUGCCGGAGGUGACCAGGCUGCGAGGCGAGGCGCUGCAGGCGGAGUGGCUGCGGGAGGUGCGGGAGGCUCUGUCGGGCCGGGCCGGGGUGACCCUGGAGCUGCUGCGGCCCCUGGUGGAGGUGGGGUCCCGGCUACAGGCCCAGCCUGCUGUCGACAACGCCAUGCUGGAGCUCAACGAGCUGCUGGCCAUCGCUGAACGCUGGGAGGAGAAGGCCCACAUCUGUCUCAAGGCCAGGCAGAAGCAUCCAGCAGCCAUGCUGGAGGCCAUCAUAAAGGAAGCAGAGAACAUUCCCGUGGAGUUGCCCAACGUCCAGGCCCUGAAAGAUGCCAUGUCCAAGGCUCGGGCCUGGAUCGCAGACGUGGAGGAGAUACAGAACGGGGACCACUACCCCUGCAUGGAUGACAUGGAGGGGCUGGUGGCGGUGGGGCGUGACCUGCCCGUACGUAUGGACGAGCUGCCUCACCUGGAGAGCCAGGUAGCGGCCGCACACACCUGGAGGGAGAAAGCUACACGCACCUUCCUGAAGAAGAACUCCUGCUACACCCUGCUGGAGGUGCUGUGCCCGUGCGCUGACGUGGGUCUGGACAAUGUCCGGAGGGCCAAGUGGAAGAGAGCCAAGGACAACCAGCUGGACAAGGGCGACAACGAGGGCCUGGGGCUGUCUGCCCAGGACAUCCGGGACCCUGGAUCCAUCAUCGUGGCCUUCAAGGAGGCAGAGCAGAAGGAGAAGGAAGGUAUCCGCCAGCUACGAGCCCGUGUUGCAGGGGGCUGCGUGUGUAGCCGUCCAGCAGGGGGCCCCAGCCUGCAGUGCGAGCUGUGCGGUGGCCGUUUCCACACCGCGUGCGUGCCCUGCCCGUGCCUCCCCUCGCCACGCCGCUGUGCCGCCUGGUGGGACUGGGACGUGCGGUUCCUCUGCCCGCUCUGCCAACGUUCCCGCCGCCCGCGGCUCCAGCUCAUCCUCUCGCUGCUGGUGGCCCUGCAGAAGCUGCCCGUGCGUCUGCCCGAGGGAGAGGCCCUACAGUGCCUGACCGAGAGGGCCAUCGUGUGGCAGGACCGUGCCCGGCGCGCCAUGGCAGCCCGAGAGGUGGGCGCAGCGCUGGAGGGGCUGGACGAGGCACGCCGGAGGCUGCAGGCCGAUAGGGGCAAGGACAGGAGCCGACUCGGGCCGCAGCAGAGGAAGGUGGACGAACAGAAAGGUGAAGCCGUGGACACGACAGAAGGCAAAGACACAAAGCCAGCAGGCCUCACUGCGGGCGUGGACGAGCUGAGACUGGAGUCGCCGGCGCUGGAGCUGUCGGAGACGGGUGCAGCACAGCUGGAGGAGCUGAUGAUCGACGGGGACUUGCUGGAGGUCACCCUGGACGAGAACCACAACCUGUGGAAGGUUCUACAGGCCUGCGGCACCCCCCCCCACGAAAAGAUGCAGACGCUGCUGCAGAUUGAGAAGCUGGAGAGCAAGCUGGCCAAGCUCCGGGGCAGAGACUCUGCAGAGAAGCGGCGCAAGAGGAAACUGGAGCGCUCGGACUCGCUGCCCCUGGCAGAGGAGGAGGAUGAGGAGGGGCUGGAGCCGGGGGAGGUGAAGAGGCCCAAGGAGGAGGGAGCGAGAGGGAAGGGAGAGGCCGAGCUGCCGGCCCAUGAUGUCGGAGUCUCACGGAGUUCAGUCACACACAACGGAGUGGAGCAUUUAUGAUCGGAAGUUGCAGAUAAAACUUUGGACUGUUGGACCAGGGCGCCCACUCGCCCACA